AUACAAAAUAGCUUUCUAUUGAGCUUGUUUAAGUAGAUAUUUUAAGCUAUUUUUCAGGCUAAGAUUAGAGUUUUGUGAGUCAUCAAUCUUAAAACUUGGACAAUGAGUUACUUUUUUUAAAAAAUGACACUGAAAGUAUCACUGUUCAUCUUUCAGAUUUAACAUAAAGGAAUUAGAAAGGACUGCGUCUGGGUCAGUGUCAGCAAAUCUCAGACCUAUGAUUAUCAAGGGCUCUCAGCAUCAUGGUCGUGGCUGACUGUGUGACACGCACCUAAAACUCUACCCCAAAUUCCACGUGGGUCUCUGAGUCCUAAUGUACCUGCUUAAUUCAGGCAAGCUCUUCCCAGCAACUCUAAGCUAUCCUUUUUUAUCAACUCUAGCAGAAAAAAAGAGCUGCUCUUUUCCAAUAUUUUGGACAAAUUCCUGGGAUUGAAACAUCUUGGUCCAACAUAGGUCAGGUGCCUAGCUCUGAACCCAUCAUUGAGGCUGGAAGACAGAAUAUGCUGAUUCAACCAGGCCUCAGCCUCAUGCCACCUGAAGCUGGCUAGUGGUCAACCCACUUCAUGGAAUAAGAGAAGAAGGGGUGGUCCCUUCUAAGGAAACUGGAGUUCUGCUGCCUGAAAAAGGGGUGAAUGGAUUCUGGGAAGGCUUAAUAACAGAAGUUUACCACAUAUAUCGAUCUUUUAGGCAUUGCUUCAAAAUCUUUGAGGAUUGAAGUUUGCUAUGAAAAAAGACUGAGGCCAACCUUUGGAUUCCCUCCGCUACAUCAUGCCAAGAAAGCUCUAGCAUCUCAACCUCAUUAACUGUAGACCACCACUGACUCCAAAUUUUAGUCAACCAAAGCAAUGGUACUGUUUCAAGAAGAACUGAGAUGGCAAAAAAAGACAGUGGAAAAUUGGCCAUGUAAUGACUUGCAGUCAAUCCCCGAAGGCCGUGGCGCCCGUGAUGAACAACGACAAACACUGCUUUGAGUGCUACAGCUAUGACAUCAUCAUCGACGACAAGCUGAAGCCCUGGCUGAUCCAGGUGAACGCGUCCCCAUCCCUCACCUCCAGCCCUGCCAAUAACCGAAUCCUUAAGUAUAACCUGAUUAAUGACACCCUCAACAUUACCGUCCCUAACGGCGAAAUUCCAGACUGUAAAUGGAACAAGUCACCCCCAAAGGAAGUCCUUGGCAAUUAUGAAAUUCUGUACGACAGGGAGCUGGCACAGGGCGACGGGGCUGACCGAGAGCUGAGAAGUCGGCUGGGCCAGUCGCUGGGGCCCAGAGGGGGCCGAUCGAGAGACUCCGGGAGGACCGUCCUCACAACCUGGAAGUGACCACCAGCGAGAGCAAGACUCCAGCCUGCACCCACCCUUGCUGAAGACCUAUUUUGGAAACUUCCUUUUUCUAGAGCUUUUUUCCCUUUCCUAAACCCUGUAAA